AUGGAGAGAAAGCCCAAAAGGGCCUGCCACCCCAGUAUUCGGCACUGGCGGAAAUGGAAGACAGUUUUCUUGCACGAGGAUUCUGACUCGGAUGGUUCUCUGCCGAUGACUCUUGCCGGAGAGGAAAAGGCGGGUGAUGCUCUAGCAAAAAAUGGUGGUCUUUUCGGUUUAAAUAAACAGUAUCACAGGAAAAAAAUGUUUUUGAAAGCUACAGCAAAGGUGGGCUUGAAGCCAGUUCCGGAAAUAUGCAGAGUGACAAUCGUUUUCAGCAAGGUUGAUGUCUUCAAAACUGCAAGUUCCGAUACUUAUUACUAUUUUGGUGAGGCAAACUUCGAGGAGAUUUCUGUUUAA